AUGCCGUCGGCUGAUUCAAAAACUCCUAAAGUUGAAAUUAAAUAUACACAAAUUUUUAUCAACAAUGAAUGGCAUAAAGCAGCGAAUGGUAGAACAUUUGCAGUUAUCAAUCCAGCUACAGGCGAAGAAAUUUGCCAAGUAGAAGAGGGCACUAGAGUUGAUGUUGAUAAAGCAGUUAAAGCGGCUCGUAAAGCUUUUGACAUUGAUUCACCUUGGCGUAAAUUCGAGCCUGUUGCUCGUGGUAAUUUGAUGCGAAAAUUUGCGUCGCUUCUUCGACGUGAUAUAGAUUAUUUAUCUAAAUUAGAAACUCUGAAUAACGGUAAAUCAAUAGAAGAUAGUAAAGGUGAUAUAUUUGCAUCAGCUGAUUGUCUUGAAUAUUAUGCUGGAUGGGUUGAUAAAAUUACCGGUGAAACCAUUCCUGGAGCACAUGAUCAGGUUAUUUAUACUCGUCAUGAACCAAUUGGCGUUUGUGGACAAAUCAUUCCAUGGAAUUAUCCAAUUCUGAUGAUGACUUGGAAAUUAGGUCCAGCUUUAGCUUGUGGUAAUGUCAUCAUAUUGAAACCAGCUGAACAAACACCACUUACUGCACUCUAUUGUGCUGCUCUUAUCAAAGAGGCAGGCUUUCCACCAGGUGUUGUGAACAUCGUUCCAGGUGAUGGACCUGAAUGUGGCAAUGCCAUUGCUGCUCAUGAAGAUAUUGAUAAACUAGCUUUUACAGGUUCAGUUGAAGUUGGAAAGAAAGUUCAAGAAGCGGCAGCUAAAUCAAAUCUUAAACGUGUUUCACUUGAACUUGGUGGUAAAUCCCCAUUGAUCAUUUGUGAAGAUGCUGAUCUCGAUUAUGCUGUAAAUAUUGCUCAUCAAGCUAUAUUUACCAAUGCUUCACAAUGUUGUAUUGCUGCAUCUCGUACAUUUGUUCAUGCAAAAAUUUAUGACGAAUUUGUUGCUCGAAGUGUUGUAUUAGCUAAAACCCGUGUUGUUGGUGAUCCAUUUGAUCCUAGUACUGAACAAGGUCCACAGAUAAAUGCUAGUCAAUUUGAAAAGAUUUUAAAUUAUAUUGACUGUGGUAAAAAAGAUGGUGCUAAAUUAGAGUGUGGUGGUGAACGAGCUGGCAAUAAAGGUUAUUUUAUUAAACCAACAGUCUUUAGUAAUGUCAAAGAUGAUAUGAAAGUUGCUCGUGAAGAAAUCUUUGGUCCUGUAAUGUCAGUAUUAAAAUUUGAUUCAUAUGAAGAAGUUAUUAAACGAGCUAAUAAUACAACUUUUGGUCUUGCUGCUGGUGUAAUUACAAAAGAUUUAACACGUGGUCUUACAUUUGCUCAACAAUUACAAGCUGGAUCCGUUUGGGUAAAUGAUUAUGCUGCAGUAUGUAAUCAAGCACCAUUUGGUGGUUUUAAACAAUCAGGCCAUGGACGUGAAUUAGGACGAUAUGGUCUUGAAGAAUAUUAUGAAGUGAAAACAGUUGUAGUCAAACUUAUUUAA